UUUACCUCAAAAAAGAGAAGUGUCAAAAAAGAUUUGUAGGUUAGGUACAAGUCGUGUGUCAAAUCUAUCAAAACAAAAUUCUCUAGAUAUCCAUUGAUUUCCUCUGAAAAGGAAUAUCAAAAUAAAUUGUAGAAAAAGGAAUAAAACAGACAAGUCACCACAAAGUUUCUGUUGUUGUAAUGUCUUCUCGUGUAUUGAGAAAAUUACAAGGAGAUAAAGAUAUUGUGGAUGAAAUAUCUGAUACAGAAACCGACAUUCCUGUUAGUGGGGGUGCUCGAAGAAAACAGCUUAAUAUUAAUCGCUACGAUCUGCUGAACCAGCAGUCCCACUCAGAAAGCGAAGUCAAGGAAGACGACAAUGAAACAGAAGCUGCCAAAUCAUGUGAAGGAGACCCAAAUCAUGAGGCCGUCAAACGAAAGAAAAAGAAAAAGAAGAAAAAGUCGGGAAAACAUGUGAAUCCGCAACGAAGUAGCGAAGACAAUGCUGAUAUUGAUGAAGUUGAGAGGUCAGUUCGUGAAGUAAACAGACUGUUGGGUGAGAGUCACUUACCUAAACCUACAGGGGCUCCUCAAGUGAACACCAAACAUGAUAAAAAUGUCCACAAUAAGAACAUAUUGUCUGUGCAGCAUAAACAUUUAAAUCCAAACAAUGAAUUAAAAAAAAUAUUUGGCUCAAAAAUUAUCCAAGCUGAACACAAAAGAAAAAACAGGGGGAGGGGCCAUACAAAGGCGACGUGGUUAGUAAGUGGUAAAGAUACAUGGCCCCAAGUGGGUAAAUCAGGUCUUUCCAUGAAUCUGCUUGAAAAUAAACAGGGAAUACAAUAUUUUACUUAUGAACACAGCCAGAGUUACCGCCAGAUACAGAAUAGGUUUCUUGAGUCAGUUGAAAGUUUGAAUCCUGAUAAUAUUUUUGCAAUUAUUAAUGAGCAUCCUUGUCACAUUGAUGCUUUGAUACAGUUGUCAGAUUUGUGUAAAUUUAGCGAAGAUUUGGCGUUGGCAGCUGAAUAUAUUGAAAGGACGCUCUAUUGCUUGGAGUGCGCUUUUCAUCCACUUUUCAACGUAGCACAAGGAAAUUGCCGACUGGACUACAGGAGGCAGGAAAACAGGGCUUUAUACAUAACAAUCUUUAAGCACCUGACUUUCGUUGGAGGCCGUGCUUGCUGUCGAACAGCCCUCGAAUUCUGCAAACUCCUCCUUUCGUUGGACCCCGAGGGUGACCCCCUUGCCAUUAAACUAGCAAUCGACUUUUAUGCCUUACGUGCCCGAGAGUACAAUUGGCUGAUUGACUUUGCUGACGAAUGGGAGACCGCAAAGAAUUUAUCGCAACUUCCGAACUUUGCGUUUUCAACGGCAGUGGCUCAUUUCCACACAUCGAACGGAGAGACGACAAAAGCCGACAGUUUGCUUCAGAACGCGUUGUUGAUGUUUCCCGGCGUACUCAUGCCUUUACUUGAAAAAUGCUCAGUGCAAAUAGACAACAGGGUAAUGACACACAAAUUUUUCUCAGUUAACGAAAACAAACAAUCGUCUGCUUUGACACAGCUGAUUCAAUUGUAUGUGAGUAGGUGUUACCAUGUGUGGAAAGACAGCGAUUUGAUGCACUGGCUUGAACGAAAUGUUCACUCUGUAUUGGAUAGAGUGGAUAAGAAUGACCCUAUCGUAAAGGAUUAUGAGACUAAACGAGCCAAAAGGUACCAAGGCCCUCUUCCACGGAGUAUAGCGCGACAUAUUCUGCUCUCAGACAUCAAGGAUUUAACACCCAUUACAGAUGAUUUCAGCGGACCUGUAUUAGGAUUCGACCCUUUGCCUCCUAAAGACUCAAUCAAUAUUUACACAAAACCAAAACGGCCGACAGUCUCAAAUAAUAGUUCCAUUCCUUUAGGUGUUUUCUUCAGGUCUAUUUUACCCAAUUUCAAUCCCAAUCAAAUUCCACCAAAUCUCUUGGACCCACCUAGAGAGGAAGAUGGCGCUGCAGCUCUUCCAGUUUAUGAAAACGCCAAUAAUGAAGGUGGAGAUUUGAGACAAAGUGUUGCAUCGUUGGUUGGGGCCAUGAGAGACUUGUUGAACAAUAUUAGACCGCCAGAAAUGGAAGUUCCAAACGACGCCGAUGUUGACGAAGAUUACGACGACCUCACCUAAUUAGUAUCAUUAUCUAGUGAUGAGUACACUAAACAUUUUAUUUCUUUAUUGUUGCUAUAUUCUAAAAAUGUUUAUUAUAACAAUUAUGAUAUAACCAAAUAAAAUUGAUAAUCUGUCA